UUAGUUAAGUUUUGGAAAAUCAUAUUUCCUUUUUUGAAAAUCAUUUCUGCAUUUCAAAGGGUGGCGCCAUGGCGCCAUUUGCGCUUGGAGAGCCACGCCACUGAUUGUCACGGUAGUCCCAGUAUUGUACCUUACUCUUUUUUAAUCACGGGACCUAAGCGUCCUGUAUGCCAUGGGCUUUUGGUUAAUGUUACUCACUUCGAGGAUCAACAUAAAAAGUCAGACACUACACCCGGGCUCAUUAUUAAAAUGCUUGGUGUCGGGUGUGUUCGUCUCUCCAGUUUAAAGUCGUGUGUGCAUACUAACAUUACAUGGUGUCAGAAGUCAGUGGAUAACGUGUCACAAAUGUCAGAAUGCCUCAUUUCAAGCCUUCCUGGAACGUUUGAUUUUUCAAAACCUCACAAGUGGCCCGAGUGGCGACAACGUAUGCUUUGAUACCGCACAGCCACCAAACUGAGAGCAGAGACUGGAGCAAUUCAACUGAGGUCACUUUUAGUACCUUCUUUUGUAAGGAUACAUAGUGGUCACUUCUUUCCAGAGAAAUACAAAAUGACCAGUAUGGAGCUUAAGGAAAGAAAGGUCUCUACUGCUGUUGGCACUCUCGUACAGUUGGCCAAGAAACUGGAAAAGAAAAGUCUUGUCGAUGAAGUGAAUCAAGUGCAGAUGCAGAUUUGUUUGAAGAAAAUACCCCCCAGGGAAAAAAUUGUGAAGUUAAAGUUACCUCACAGCCUCAGGCAUGAGAAUAUGGAAGUGUGUCUGUUUGUGAAAGACUUGGACAGAGAAGAUCGUGACUAUGAGCCGACAGUUCGUCAUUUUCAGGAGAUGUUAAAGAAACACGGUGUCUCUUGUGUGGCAGAGAUUAUUCCCCUGAAAUCUCUGAAGACUGAAUACAAGCCUUAUGAAGCCAAAAGAAACCUGUCAAAUGCCUAUGAUGUAUUCCUGGCAGAUGCCAGAGUUGUGAGGCUGCUACCAACAUAUUUAGGAAAGCAUUUUUAUGGGAAAAGGAAGACGCCAAUUCAAGUGAAUCUACAAGCAAAGAGACUGAAAGAGGAAAUAGACGCUGCUCUUGACAACAGUAGAUGCGUCAUUAGUAAUCGAGGAGCUUCGAGUUUGGCAAUUGUGGCAAAUCUCGAGAUGGGCAAGGCUGAGGUGACAGACAAUGUGAUUUCUUCAGUUGGCCAACUGUCUCAGGCAGUGCCUGGUGGCUGGAACAACAUAAAACAGCUGAGUGUAAAGACGCCCCUGUCAACCAGCAUUCCCAUCUACCUGGCAGCAGGCGGACCUCAAGAGGUCACUAUUCCCAAGGAGAACGCUGACAAAGAAGUUGUGGAGGCUGAAGAAAUCUCAACUUUGCUUGGGGCCAAGGUCAAAGUUUACCCAAGUGGAGAUGUUGAAGUUAUCAAAGAUAGAGAUUCUGAGGGCCAGCCACAGAAGAGGGGGCGCUUCAGGAAAGGGAAGGCUGUGGGAAAGCAAAGUGCAAAGACUGCUGGUGCUAAAGCCAAGUCUGUGAAAAGAAAGGCAAAAGGCAGGAAACAGUCCUAAAUUUUGUUGUCACUAUUUGGAUAUUAUGUCAAUGUACCCUCAUACUUGAUGAAUUAUAAUAAACUAUUUGUCUGUAUUUUCAUUUUCUGCAUUUUAAAUUGUACGUAAAGUCAAGCAUGGAUAUCUCAAAUAUGUUGGGGGUGGACAACAAGUACAGUACAGUGGAACUUGAAUUCAACAAAGUUGGCGUGCCUGACCUUCAGUUUUGUUGAAUCCAAGUGUUCGUUAUUGCAAACAUGAGGUUUUUUUUCAAAUUCGAAAGUUAAGUGGUUCGGAAUUUUUAGCCGACUAAAGUGACAAACUUUCACAAUUUUAUAAUAUAUACAGUAUAACGCGGAUAGCUCGAAUUCGUCCGGACCGGCCUCCGUAGUUCAAGGGAUACGUGAACAGUGUUGUGGUAUGGGCUGUGUUAAAGAAUCAAGGGAAGCAAUAAAGAUUGGGUCAGAACAGA